AUGCAAGCAAAGUUGAGAGGUGAUGAGGAGUCGAUGUGUAUUCAUGCGCUCGAUGCCGCAAUGUACGACGAAGCGCAUUCGCUCUUUUGUGAAUCUGUUGCACCGAAGGCCGUGACUUUAGAUGAUGACGAACUUUUGGGACGAUUAUGUGAGAAAUUCGAAUGCAAAAGCGAUCGAAUCAGCUGUUGGGGACCUCGAGGACAAAUCUAUACGGAUUACUAUCAUUUGAAAGAGGGAAUUCAUGAAAUUCUCGACGAGAGUCAU